AAAAAAUUGCGCAAAAUGGAAACACAAUACAGUAAGAAGAGAGUUCAGGACUUUAUUGAGAUUUCAAAGGCAGAUCCUAUCAGAAGAUGAGAGGAAUUCAUGGUUAAUUUGAGGAAAGAAAGGUUCCGUGAGAGAUCUCGCCAGCACCGUUACAAUAUCACUAAAAUUAAAGGAAUAUGAUCAAAGAAAGAAUUGAUGUGCAUAGGAAAUAAUUGGAACAAGUAUAGAUAUUACCAACCCACAGUAGAAGAGGAACACAGAUGAAAGCAAGAGGCCGAGAGUAUAAUCGACAAUAUUGUGAAAAAUUACGAUUACACUGAAAUGGGAGAAGUUAUUGAUCAUCUAAACGAAGUCACUUAUGAUCAUACUGAAGAGACUGACAGAGAAGUUCUCUGUAAUAUUAAAAUUCUUAGAAUUGUAUUAGCCAAAAAGAACUGAAGCUUUAAUCCUGAAAUGCAGCAAUAUUUAAUCAGUGCUUUGAUUAACAUUCUUGAAAAAUUCAGACUAUCAAGAUUUGGAUUUUUGGAUAUACAAUACGAAGCAAUCUCCUUGCUGAUGCAGUUCACUGCUCAUCAUAAAAUGGAUCUCUCGAUUAUCAGACAACUUAAGAAGAUUAAUGUACUACCUCAUUGUGAUAUCCUUGUGGUUAUGAUAAACUUAUGAUGAGAUGGGAAGGAAGCAGUAAUUGAAGUUUUUGAAACUUUUGAUGUUCCAAAGAUGAUAGAAGAUUAUAUUUCAAAUAUUGAAACUUGUUUCUGAAAGUUUAUUGAUGAGUAUAGAAAGAAUGGGAUAAUUUUAGAUAUUUCGACUGCCCAUUGAGAUUGUGCGUGUAAUCUAGAGUUGGUAAAAGAAAGAUUACUAAUCUUUGCAUCCUUAUGCAAGUGAUUGACCGCCUUUACUUCAUCCUUUGUUAAAGAGGAAUCCUUAAUUUACACACAAUUCAAGGAAUUCUUAAAGGCUAGUAUAGUUUAUAUGAAGAAUGCUCUUGAUAUUCCCUUAAAGCCAGAUGAGAAACUCUUGACCUCAAAAUUAUUUUUGCUAGAAAGCCUAUCAUGAGUAAUAGCUCAUAUAGAAGAUGGUGAGAUUCUUGACUCCAUAUGAGACUCUCAUUUUGAAGACUCUCUAUCUAAAAUCAUAAUAGAAAAUACAGACCAUAAAUUAAUAGAGGAAGCUCUAGACCUAAUAACAGAUCUACCUGCAAGCAGUAAAUUCAUUGUUCCCCUACAAAUUGUAUGCUCUAAAGCUCCUGGAAUUGAGUUUCAAAUGGUGAAUAUUUUGAUCAAUUUCAUUUCUUCAGGUGAUGAAGAGCUUCUUACUGAGUUAUUUACAGAGAACAUAACCAAUGCAUUGCUUAAUUAUAUGAUAUCAGAUGAUAUGGAACUCCAAUUGCUCACAUACAAAACACUGAAGAAUGUAUGUGAUGAAGGAUACGCAGACAUAUUGGAUAAGGAAUUCAUCAAGUAUGCAAUCGAUGAACUCAAUAAUCCCAAUAAAACCCCAAGACUUAUCCUGUACAUACUCGGAUUUAUUGACAGAUAUCUACAAGCUGAUGAAGUAGAGGAAGGAGUAUAUUUUUAUAACACCGUGAGCUCGUAUCAAGGCCUUGAGAAGAUAUUUGAACUACAGGAUUCAGAAAAUUACGAUAUUAGCCAAAAAUCUCAGAGGAUUAUAGAGAAAAGAUUAAAAGAAUUUGAUUAA